CAGGUUAAUUGAUUCGGUGACUUUUCUCAGUGUACACUAGAUUUCUUAUACCACGUGAGUUGAAGACACAAAAAAGAGAAAACUAUCUAUAAUAAUGACGUGCAUGAUUACACUCCUGUACAGUAGGAGGCAGUAAAAAGUGAAAAUAAAUCAUAUGUUGGGGAAAAAAAUCGUCGAAGAAUACAUUUUGUUUCAGCUGUUUCCUGGACAGCGUGUGAAGUGAUCAGUCACCGACUCCAGGUCUCUCCGAUUUAUGGAAUGAGAAUCAAAACAACAUCAUUGCUCACUUCAGCACUUGGCUUAGUGGCCUUUGUGCUUCCAGCAGUCCAGAUGACUCAAAUCUUUGUGUAUGGCACUCUGAAGAAGGGCCAGCCCAACUACUCCAGAAUGUUGGACCCUGCCAAUGGGAGGGCUUCCUUCCUUGGUCGAGCCAGCACCAUUGACAAGUUCCCUCUGGUCAUUGCUGGCCAGUACAACAUCCCGUUCCUCUUGAACAUCCCCGGAAAGGGCCACCACGUCCAGGGGGAGGUCUACUCGGUUGACGACCAGAUGCUGGCUUUCCUGGACCGUUUUGAGAGCAUCCCUGACAUGUACCAACGCACCCUGGUAAAGCUGAAGGUGGAGGAGUGGGCGAAGGAGGGUGGGGCUACGCGAAGCCCAGGGAGCGCGAUGGAGGCUUUCGUGUACAGCACCACCACCUACAAGCCGGAGUGGGUGACGUUGCAGAGUUAUGAGAACUAUGAUGCUUAUGGUGAUCAUGGUCUAGAGUAUGUGACCCGUGAAGCCAGGGAGGAUUCAUUUUGAAUCUUGAAUUUCCCCUUGAGGAUCAAUAAAGUAUCUAUCUAUCUAUCUAUCUAUCAUUAAAAUCCAGUCCAGUCACUGAUCAUCUCUUGUUGUAGGCAAAGUAGUUAGGUCUGACUAAAGACAGUUUUUAAAUUUGUAUGGUUUAAACCUCAGUUUCUUGUGAGUUUAAGGAGUGCCUGGUGAAAAUCAGGUUUAUUAACUGUUGUUUGUAAAUAUAUUUGGCAACAUGGUCUGGUCAAGGUCUGGUAAUGUAGGUCACUUAUACGUCAAGCAAUUUAGGCAUUGUGUAAUGAGGCAUUCUGAUUUGAGUUACUGAAAUUGCAUUGCAUUAUUGUACCUCAGGGUAGGAUCAGUGGACCUCUUGUUUGGGUCCAGAUAUUUUCCACUUCAGGAAUGAUGACAUAAGCUGCCUGUCAUCCUAUCAAUCACUCAGUGUACCAUUUAUCACUGGUUUUACUCUUAGCCCUAAUGGUUUCAGAGUUUAAUCAGACAUAACACUCCAUGUAACUUUACAACAACCAUUCCAUCAACUAACCAGAUCUCCAGGAAUUGAAAUGUGUUCAUGUUCUACGUCCUGCUUUCAUGAGUAGGUAGUUUAUGGCAAAUAGGAUAACAUAUCUGUUAGUUAUUGCUGCUGCAAAAGCACAAGUAAUCAUAUUUUCUUAAGAUUAUAGAACUAACUAUAACUAAUAGGUUUUUAUGUGAUGCAUUUUACCUAGUUUUUAAAAGCACAAGUUAUCAUAUUUUCUUAAGAUUAUAGAACUAACUAUAACUAAUAGGUUUUUAUGUGAUGCAUUUUACCAAGUUUUUAAAAGAGGCACUUUACUUGACUAUGUUUUUGACAAAUGUGUUUGAUUACGUAAAGACAGUUCUGCAUAAUAGAUAAAUGAUUGUUAAUUAGUAAGUACUAAUAGAGUUGUGGAAAUAAAGGCACUUAUUUGGACAA